AUGGGCAAAUCUCUUCGAAGACCAGGGUUGUUCCUGAACUUUCUCGCUACGGCAUGCAUUGGCCUGUUUGCAGCACCGGUGGCAUCAAAGUCUGCACACGGUAGGGUCACGGAGCUGAACGGUAUACCGUUCUAUGUUAGUGAUGUUGCAGUGUCUCAGAUACUGGAUCUGCCAGUCUCUCUUUCGAAGGACCUGGGCGAAAGUGAUGUUGACGUAUUUCCGUUGACUAUCAUCUCAAGCGAUACUUCUGUUUUCACUGGCAAGGAAUUGAACCAAACAAUCACUGAGUUCGUGCGCAAAGAUGAUGUCUUUUCUCCAUCAUUUCUUGAAGUGACUUAUGUCUCCUACAAUGGGGAGAGUGGCAAUCCUUCAAUUGAGAAGGAUUUGGCUCAUCUCCAAAGGAAAGGGAAGAAGGACGCAAGGCUUCUUGUCUCGCCAGAGUACUCCUCCUCCCACCAUGCGGGUGCAGCGACAGCACGCCUAACCCAGAAUAUUCCCAAUGGUCCUUACUUUGCUUCCACAAAGACAGGUAAGAUUUUCAAAGCCUAUCGGCUUUACGAAGAUACCAACUUGGCCUUCCUCGAGCCGGCCAUCAGUGAUGAAGAAGGGGAAAUAAAGCGACUUAUGGCUACAUCGGAGAGUGUGCUUGGUCGCAGCAUAGCCGUGCCUUCAAGACUGUACUCUACUCCAACUCCUCAGAAGCCUCUGGCUGGCUUGCGUCUCGGUGUCAAAGACAUUUAUCAUGUCAAGGGCAUCGCAACCAGUGGUGGAAACCGAGCUUAUUACUCGCUUUAUGGUGCCCAAAACGCCACUGGAAGUGCCAUCCAAAGACUUAUCGACCAAGGUGCUGUGUUUGUCGGAAAGAUGGGUACCGUUCAAUUUGCCAACGGAGAUGAACCAACCGCCGACUGGGUUGACUUCCAUUGUCCAUUCAAUGCCCGGGGAGAUGGCUACCUUGACCCCAGUGGCUCAUCAACUGGCCCAGGAGCCGGUAUGGGUGCAUACGAGUGGCUAGACAUCGCCGUUGGAAGCGAUACCGGUGGCUCGAUGCGCGGUCCGGCAGGGGCGAACGGUCUCUUCGGUAAUCGUCCGACAGUCGGAGCUGUUGAUCUGGACCAUGUUAUUCCUCUCUGCUCUGGACUCGAUACAGCGGGUGUUUUUGCUCGCAGUGCAGAGUUGUGGUCUCGGGUUGCCCAUGCGUGGUAUCAAGACUUUGACGUUUACCACUCCUACCCUAAAACUAUUUGGUAUCCUGAAGCAUCUUUUACGCCAGAGGCAAUCAAUAAUAGUCAUGCGUCGGCGCUAAUUGAGAAGUUUGUGGCUGAUGUCGAGGUCUUCUUGGGAACUACCCGCACAAGAGUGGACUUGGAUACUCAGUGGAACGCAACUCGACCUGCAAAUGUUACCACAACCUUGGAAGACAUGCUUCACUAUACAUAUGGAACGCUCAUCACGGUCUAUCAGUGGCUCAAUCUAGGUCGAUCCUUCUUCAAGGAUUACUCUGAAGCUCACGACGGCCGGACACCUUAUAUAAAUCCGAACCCCCUUCUGCGGUGGCAUCUGGGUCAGCAGUCUGGAUCGUCCGGAUUCGAUGAGGCCUGGCACAACAAGACAAUCUUCCACGAUUGGUGGAAUGCAGCUGAGGGAUUGGGAGCUCCUGACAAUGAGACGUGCUCUAAAGCAAUCUAUGUCUAUCCCAAUAGUGUUGGAUCGAUCAGAUACCGUGAUCAAUACACAAGCGGCCCACUUGCCCCGUACUGGGGGAUGAGCGAUAGCAACAUCGCUGUGUUCGCAGGUGUCCCGGAUCUGGUUGUUCCUAUCGGUGAAGUCCCCUAUAACAGCACGAAAAGCGGAAAGGUUGAAUACACACCAGUCACGAUGAGUUUGGUUGCCGCCCGAGGCUGUGAUCUGAUGGUUGCGAAUAUGGUCAAGGACAUGGAGGCUCGUGGGAUCUUGAGGCCAGUGGCAACUGGACCUAAGCUCUAUCCUUGA